CCGCUAGUGUGACGCGGCGAAAAGCAGCGAAAAGAGCGAGAAGUGGUUGCCGUCAUCCCGGCUGCGGAGUUGUGGUGGUUGUGCGGUCCGAUGUCCCCACGAAGAGCUAGACGUGCACGGCGUGAAACGAUGCACGUGUGACGUGAGUUUUUCUUGUGUAUGUGACAAUCCUGCCUGAUGACACGCAACAGCGUAUGUAACGUUUCACCAACUCCAUCCGUUACGAAAGCCGUUGUACUAUGCUGUUUAAUCGGGGCAGUGUUGAUCAUCUACUCCGACCACCGAUCUUUGAAGGACGCAAGACACUCCAACAACUCGAGUCGCAACACCUCUUCCCCCAGAAUCCUCGCACGGUUCCAACUGAACACUUCUCACAACAGUACUUUUCAAGUUGACAAAGGGGUCGUAAAUAUUUUCUUCGUGUUUAUGAAAGCGAGGAGCAGGAACCUGCGGGAGAAACUGGCGGUCUUCUCGACCUCAUUAUUUGAACGCAGUACUGUCCCACUGCAUCUUCACGUAGUCACCGACACUGACAGCCAAGAAGUGGCAACGCAAGUGCUGCAGGAUGCAUCUGCACUAUCGUCGGUCAACGUAUUGGUGGACAUUCUGCAUAUUGCAGACGUGCUGUACCCUGUCCAGGACAUGAUGCAAUACAUGCAAGCACACUUCAGUCCGCAGGGAUCGAAUUACUAUUCAGAUCCUCUGUUCCUUCUUUCCCUCGGACUGCAUCGAGUUUUCGACAGUGACAUGAGAGUGAUAAUCUUGGACAUUGACACACGCGUUGAGUCUGACAUUUCACUGUUAAACCGCCACUUUUCACUGUUUGGUGACACUGCAGUUAUGGGCAUUGCCCUUGAACAGCAGCCAGUGUACCGCCACGCCCUGCGCAGCUAUCGCAAACACAAUCCGAAAACAAAGUGUGGAGAGGCACCCGGCAGAGGCUUUCCGGGAUUCAACAGCGGAGUCGUCCUGCUCGACAUCGGUCGCAUCAGGUCGUCUGCUUUCUACCAGAGUUUCCUACGUGAACAGGCUGUGAGGAAUCUCACGGCUAAGUAUUCCUUCAGUGGGGGUUUAGGUGAUCAGGACUUCUACACUUUGCUGGCUUGCGAACAUCCAGAGCUGUUUUACGUACUUCCCUGUACAUGGAACAGGCAGCUGUGUAAAUACUGGAAUGAGCACGGGUAUAGCAGCGUAUUCGAUGACUAUCACAAUUGCCCGGGGGAAAUACAUUUAUAUCAUGGAAACUGUAACUCGCCCAUUCCUGGAAGACAUUUGGGACGAUAAUGUCUGUUUCUCAGUGCAUCUUUUGAUGGGGAAGCCUUGAUAUUCAGUUCCUCCGGGUAGCAUCGAUAAAUGCUGUAUUUGUUAUUUAAAGCUACGUCCAGUUGCAAUUUGUGCCAAAAAGAGACAUAACUUACUGCAGUUACCAAGCAAUCAAUGACUGCACUUCUUUCUCGUUUUUGAUAAAGGAAGCUGUAGUUACAACUACAGUGAAGGUCAGAGGCACAGCCAAGAGGGGUACCUUUGGUACUUUAGAGGGGUAACUUUGGCAAAAAAAAAAAGUACCUUUUGUACUGUAUUUAGGAGAGGGAAACGAGGGUGAAAGCCUCCUCGCCCACGUAGCGUCUCCAUAGAACCCCUCCAGAACUAUUUUUCUGUGCUGUAACGCAAAUGCAGUUUGGCUGCUGUUAUGCAAGGAUGUCCCUCAGAAUAGACAAUUGGUAGACAAUAGACGUUUGGUUCACAAAAAGCCUGUCCAGUCAACCGCAAUCCAAGUUCAUGAGUGUCUUGUGCAUUGCAGUCCAUGCACAGACUCCCUUGACGGGACAUGCAUGCAUUUUUACAUAAAAACAUCCUUGCAUUAAAAUCUAGCGAGGAAAAGGGAGUGAAAUAAAUGAAUUGAUAGGAAAAAAAUUUCAAAGGCAGCAACAGUUACUUUCUGAGUGAGUGUCAUUCCAGUUUUUGGUGUAGAAUCAAAGAUCUGUGCAAUUUCAGAACGUGUUCAGUCUGAUUGACAGUGUGGAGCAUCUCCCUUGUGCGGCAUGGUGUUGAUUUUGUAGCACAAACUUUCUCAAUGUGCCACACAUGACUGUACAGAGAUUACAUAUAUUUAUUAUAGAACAAGCAUACAACAAUGUACAAAGAUGCCUUAUUUUUUUGUCAUUUUUAGCCACAGUGCCAAGCAUUUACUACUUAGACCUACGUUUGACAAUAAUUGUUUAAUUGAUUCUAAUAAUUGUUUCACGAAGUGUUGCUGAUUAUGUGCAUAUAGCAUAGUGCAAUACUGGUUUUUGUCUAUAGCUUCAUGGCCUGACGAUGGUCACAGGAAAAGUGGUAAUACAGUUCCUUUUUUGUUGUUGGCAGCUACACUUCAGGUUACAUUAUUACUAUCCUAUUAAAAGUUUAGUAUUUGACAGCAACAUCAUGCUUGGUUUUUCCUUGUGUAAUGAGCAGUUCAUAGUUUUUUCGGUGCAGUUUAUGCCUACAGUAUAGAUAAGCCCAUACACCAGAUGGUACCUUCGAUGGCUUGGUGUUGUCAGCGCCGAUCUGGUGUAGCAUCCAAGCUCGAUGCUCGAGAAAACAUGCAGUUUGGCAUACAUUUUGUUACAUGCUGGUGAUGCCAUAAUAUGUGUACUCUUGCCAUUUAUAUUGCAGCUGUGCUAGCAUUGUAUAUAUACAAACCAAUAGACAAGAUUGUAUGGAACAAUAAAUGCAAAUGUCUGACCAAAUAAAAAAUUGUAAAACCUA